UAAAUUAUUAGUCAAUGCAAUGAAGUGACAUUUUUGAUUCCUAACAAAUGCUUCUGGAAUCAAUACAGUGGCUGCAGCUUGUCAGUACCUUGUAUAUGGACUCAAUUCUCUGGUCCAGGAGAAAAAUAUGUACCUUCAGACUUCCCCGCCCACUAAGCAAAAGUUAAUCAUUUAGGUGAAUGUAUCUGGGGAGCCUGUGUUCUGUGACGCAUUGAUUUCUUUCUGGCUCUACACAUUUGAAACAGAUUUAUCACAUGCCAUAAUCGGAGAUUUUAAACCCAGCUAGAGGAAGAACCACACAGAGGCCCUUCAGAAGUCUCCUCUCAAGUCACUCUAGAGGUGGUCAGGACCUCCACCUCCAGCAUGCCUUCCAAAAAACAUUGUUGUAAAGCCUAUUUUGUAAUCAAUUAAAAUUGUAAAUCCCAACAGUUGUAAAAGGAAGUUGUUUAUUCUGGCAGGUUCUGAAGAAGACUGAUAAGGACAUGGUUACCGUUGUUGCCGCUGGGGUGACAAUGCAGGAAGCAUUGACUGCAGCUGCAAAAUUGGCUGAAGAGGAUGUGUUCAUCCGAGUGGUUGAUCCAUUUACAAUUAAACCACUUGAUGAUAAAACUAUUGUUUGUUGUACUAAAGGCACCAAAAAGAAGCAUGUUAUCACUGUGGAGGAUCACUAUUACGAAGGUGGUCUUGGUGAAGCAGUAGCAGCUGCUCUUGCUUCAGAACCUACAAUUAUAGUGCACCGCCUGGCAGUGUCUGGUGUGCCAUUUAGUGCAACACCAGCAGAGCUACUGGAAAGGUUUGAGAUUGAUGCAAAGGCAAUAGUGAAAACUGUGAAAGACAUCAUUUCAAACUAGACAAAGUCCCCAUAUUGUGUCACACAAUGGGCUGAAGUUCCAUUCUUUUCAGUGAUUUGUUUAUAUUAGCAAUAUACUUUGGAUGUUCCUUCAAUUUACUUAAUUGUAAGCUUUAAAAUAAUCUGUGAAAAUUAACUGUAAAAACUUUGAAUAUAGUCUUUAUAGUGAAAAUGUUGCCUAUUGUUUUACAGCAACUGUUUGUUUUGCUCCACUGGUGGGCUAAUAUGCACAAAAUAUGUCCAUUUAAUGGUGUACAGAUGGUUACAGCUCCUGAUUUGUUUUGAAGUGACACCUGUGGAAGACCCUACUUUAACAUUUUACUCUUUUCUUUCCCCUUACAAUUACUUAAAAAGGCUACCUACCCAAGGAUUAGAUGAGAAUUAAAGACAUCAGAAACUAGAAAUGACUGUUAGUGAUAUUACUAGAAUAAUGCUUAAUAUGUUUGCAUGGUUUUUCUCUGUGAUCUAUUUUAGUACAGGAAUCCAUGCAGUUAAAACAAGUCAGCUAAUGUCUGUGCUAAAAUAAACAGAGGAAUGUCCUACAAGCAUGUUAAACUCCAUGCCCUUGACAGUGACUCUCCACUCUACUCCCAGUCUACAUUCCUAGACUGAACCAAACUAUUCAAAACCUCAGUGUCUUAUUUAGACCCAUGACAAACAUUCAUUCCCAUAUCUUCUCCAUUACAAAGAGUUCCUACUACCAUCUGUGUAAUGUUGCUCACUUUUGCUGUUAACUAAAGUAGUCUUGUGAAACCAUCAGCCAUCCACAAACUACACUGUUCUGAAAUUUUGCUGUCUGUAUCCUAUUAUACACAAUUCUUUGCUCUUACCUAUAACCUUGCCCUUGAUCAUAUAAUUGUUUAUAUUUAAAUCCCUUUCUGACCUUGCAUCUCCUCAUAGCCUAUAGCUACUUCCCUUUGAAAGCUGUUCCUCUGAAUCUGGCCUUGUAGCCAAUUUUGGCAGAGAGAUGCCUUCAGUUCCCUUGGAAUGGUGCUUUGGAAUUUCUUCUGUAACUCAUUAAUAUCCCUCUCCUUCAUCAAGGCAUUUUAUAAAUGUAAGUUGCUGCUUUUCAUCAUUUAAUAUUAUCAAAAUUUCUAAACUAUAUUAGAUUUCAGUUUCAUUCAACAUAGCAAGAAUCUUAAUUCACUACAUUGCAUCGUUCUCUCGCUAAAAAACAUUUUUGUUCAAAUAGUUGCCGUAUGGAUGUAGCUAAUUUUCAGAAUCUUAUAACUUAGUUGCAGUAGCAGAACCAAAGCACUCAUAAUUUGGCUGAUAUUUAAAAGAAUAAAUAAUGGAUUAUAUACAAGUCAGAGAUGCAUAAGUAACUCACUGCCUCCAUUUUACUGCUGGCAUAAUAUUAAAAAAAAGGUUAUUUUAUGACUUGAAAAUAUUUUAAUUAAAACGAUGUGUUUUUAAAAUGUUGCUUCUACGAUUUGAGACUCUGCAAAAAUAUUCAACUUAAAAUUGAAGAGCUAAGAAAUGCAACUUUUGAUUGCAAGGUGCUAUGCCAUGGCAAAAUAAUAAAUUUUUUUUAACAACCGAGAAAGGAAUUCUGAGGUUUUCUUGUAGCUGUGAGCCAGUGAAUCUGAAUUUUGCUCCACUGAGCAAUUAAAUUGUUAUGAGUGAUUUCAUCCAGCUGUUAAUGUAUGUCUGCUGUUUUGAACCACACUGCUGUGUCAGAUAAAAGAUGUAACCAAUGUAGUUUAAUGCUUGGAAGCUUUCUGCAGUUCUUUGGCAGAUAUAUGCUUCUAAAUUGGAUGAUUUGGAAAACCUAAAUAGCUUUGGCGCAUUUUUUCUAGGAAAAGCAUAUACUUGAAGAAAGAAACUAAGCAUCUGUUUAGGUGAGCACCUCCCACAGAUGCAUUGGUAAUUAAUUUAGCUUAAUUUGGCCUUUUCUCUGACUGUAGGAUAUUUUUAAUCCCUGGAAGAGUGGGUUCUGUUAGUUACUGAUGGUAUUAGCUCUGUAGAAAGAGAUGACUUAAAUUCAGGAAACCAAGAUGUGGGAACAACUUCAUUAGAAAUAAGAUAUGAUAAAGGCAUGAAGUUAAUGUGGGAGUAGUGUACAGGCACCCUAACUAACUACAUGGUAGUUAGUCACAUGAUAACCAUGGGAAAUUUUAAUGUACAUAUCGAGUGGAAAAGAUCGUCUAGAGGAGUUCAUGGAAUGUUUUUGGGAUGCUUUCUUAGAAUAGCAUGUUCUACAGCCACUCAGCAGGCUACACUGGACCUCAUACUGUACAAUGAGCUGGGGUUAAUCAGUGAUCUCAUAUUGAAGGUGCCCCUAGUAGAUAGCAGUUUCCGUAAUAUUCAAUUUUGCAUUCAGAUUGAAGGAGGGAGGAGACUAUUUUUAAAAAUUAAAGUAAGGGGAAUUAUGACAGCAUGAAAGCAGAGGAUUAAAGAGAAUUUGGACGUGGAGAUACAGCGGUAGAUCUUUCAGGCAAUGCUUCAGAAUACACAGGGUAAAUACAUUCCAAUGGGAAAGAGAUAUUCCAAAGAACAGGCCCACCAUCAUGGUUAAUUAGAAAUAUAAAAGAGUUCCAAACUGAGAAGAAAUAUAUGUAAUUGUGUAAAGACAGAUAGUAGGUCAGAAGUUUAGAUGGAAUAUAAAACAAAAGCAAAGAAUGAUCAAAAAAUUAAUAAAGUGAAAAAUUAGGAUACAAAAGAAAGGUAGCCAGAAAUAUAAAAACAAAUGUAAGCGUUUCUAUUCAUUUUUAAAGAAUAAGUCUGAAUGUUGGGCCUACAAAAAGGUGAGACUGGAUAAUUAAUAAUGGAAAAUAAGCAUAUGGUUGGUGAAUUGAACUGGUAUUUUGCAUUAGUCUUCAUUAUAGAGAAUACAAAUAACAUUCCAGUAGAAGCGAUAAAUCAGGAAAUAGAUGGGUGGGAGGAACUCAGGAAGAUCACAAACACCAGAGAAAUGGUAAUGAGUAAAUUGCAACUGAGAAGUGACUGAGUCCUGAUGUCUUCAUCCUAGGGUCUUAAAAGAAAUGGCGGGUGAGAUAGAUGAUGCAUUGGUUUUAAUUUUCCAAAAUUCCCUUGUUUUAGAGACAGUUCCAUUAGAUUGGAAGAUAACAACUGUAACUCCUUUAUUCAAAAAGGAAGACAGAAAACAGGAAACUACAAGCUACUGAGCUUAACAUUUGUCAUAGCGAAAAUGAUGCUACCAUUAAAGAAAUUCCUCGCUAGGCAAGUUUUAGGUUAAACGUAAUCGGGCAAAGUCAAUGUGGUUUUGUGACUGGUCAAAUAUUAUUUUCUUUUCUGUUGGAAUUCUUUGAAGAGGUAACGCAUGCUGUGGACACUGGAAAACUGAUUGAUGUAUUGUAAUUAGAUUUCUAAAAGGUGUUUAAUAAGGUGCAACAUCAAACUGCCAACAGGCAUCAGUGGGUCUUCAGUUUGGCAAGAUGCAACAGAUAAUGCAUCUCGGAGAUCAGCAUUGAGACCUCAGCUACACACAAUUUAGACAAUUAGCUUGGAUUAAGGGUCAGAAGAUGUAGUUGCCAAAUUUGCUGACAACACAAAGAUAGGUUAAAAAAAAAUUAAGUUGUCAAGAGGACAUAAGGACUCUAUAAAAAGAUAUAGGUAGGUUAAGUGAAUGGGCAAAAGUAGCAAAUGGAGUAUAAUGUGGAAAAAUGUGAAAAUGUCCAUUUUAGCAGGUAGGAUACAGGAGAAUGAUCAAUGAUCUAGAAUGGCAGAGCAGACCCAAAGGGCUGAAUGGCCUAAUUCUGCUCCUGUGCUCCUAAAAAAAAAUUGUGCCAACCAAUUAUGGGUCAAGAUAUGUAAGAAUCUGUUGUUUUUAAGCAACUGACUUAGAGGCUUGUUUCUCUGUAAAAAGAUUUUUUUAAACUAGGUAGAAAACAGACUGGAAAGAGACACAGCUGUAAUUUCAACAGCUCCCACUUCACCUCUUGCUUCUUUCUGAUUGACAAAACUGCAUGUAUGACUAUACCUCCCUUUCACAUGCCUAAUUUGGUAUUGCAAUAUAAAUGAAAAGGAAUGGAACUUAAUAAUAAUUGUGACAUUAGAAUACCAGAAAAAAAACCCUUCAUGUCAGAAGAGUUAUCAUUAGCCACUUUAAUAUUUUAGUUUGUCAUCAUAGCCAAUUCAGUGAAUCAAUUAAAAUUAUCCAGUUGGUCCUGAGUGAUGGGAAUGUUCAAGAAUCAUAGCAUCCCUACAGUGUGGAAACAAGCCAUUCGGCCCAACAAGUCCACACCACCCUUCCGAAGAGCAUCCCAUCCAGACCUAUUCCCCUACCCCUGAAUUUCCCAUGUCUAACCCAGGCAUCCCUGGGCACUAUAGCAUAGCCAAUCCACCUACCCUGCACAUCUUUGGACUGUGGGAGGAAACUGGAGCACCCAGAGGAAACCCACGCAGACACAGGGAGAAUAUGCAAACUCCACACAGUUGCCCAAGGGUGGAGUUGAACCCGGAUCCCUGGUGCUGUGAGGCAGCAGUGCUAACCACUGAGCCACCGUCUGUGGCAUUAUAUCCACUGGGAGGCUGAUUGAGCCUCUUCAGGUUAAUUUAGUGAAGGACUUGCUAAACUGAUCAGAGACAGAUUUUCCAUACUACCAUUCUGGUUCAAUUUUGGACAGUCUGAAAAUUGGAUGGUUUGUGAAAAUGUGGAUUAUUCACAAAAAAAAAGCAACACACAAAAUAUACUCUUGACAAAUUUUUAACACCUUUGAAUGUGUAAAUAGAGUGUAGUUUGAUUGGAAGAUUGUAUUCUGAACAUUUUAUAAGAAUAGUUCAUUUGCGAAGUGCAGUAAUCACAAUGCAAUAUUGUGCUAUAUAAUGCUCACUGUAAACAGACAAUCUGAUUAAACUGAAAUACAGCACAGUGUAAAAUUUAAUUUCAGCCUUAUCAUCAUGGUGUGGCAUUUGACAAGUUGACAGUGUAGCCUGCAUAUCAUUGCAUAUAUUGAUUGCAGAGCAAAAUAACCUCAUGAGAAUUUUUGAGGCCUGAUAAGUAUUGCUGAAUUUGUCAUUACAAUCCAACAUUGAAGCUUCACAGUCUAGGCAGUUGGUAGCUGUCGGGGUUGAAUCAGUUUUAGUUAGUUAUGGGAUUAAUUUUCAGUCAUAUUGUCAGUAAAAGAAAAGCAAAUGGGAACCACAGAUGUACAAAGGCAGGGUAGGAGUGCAGGAGCCAUACUAUCAGCAAGGAUGGCGCCAGUCGUGGGUGAAAUACAGACAAUACCUGUUUAAACUGUAGGAAAACAGUAAAUUACGAAAGUCACCUAGAUGAUGAAACUUGGGAAUUGCGAUAUGUAAUAUUGUAAUAUUUUGUAGAAUGCUCGAAGGGGUCUGUAUCUCACAAGGGUUGGUUUUAUAUUUCAUUGUGAUAAAACUAUCUUUCCUUGCGUGUGCAUGAAAAUAAAUGAUAAUUGACCAGUU